AUGAUUGGAAAAGUAAUUGUUUCGGGGGUUUCUCUGAUCCUUGUUGUGGGGGUGAUCAUUGGCGUGGUGGUUACUGUUCAUCGCAGCAAUGGAUCCAAUGAUGCAGAGAGCUUGUCACCUCAAAUGAAGGCUGUUAGCGCACUAUGCCAGCCUACUUAUUACAAAGAGGCUUGCACUAACACCCUCAGUGCCCUGAACUCUACCGAUCCCAAAGAACUAAUCAAAGGAGGCAUAUUAGCCAUCUCUGCUUCAUUGAAGAAUUCUUUCAACGUGACUGAUGAUCUCGUAGCCAAGACCGAUAACGCAAGCCGUGACAAAAUGGCCUUGAUUGACUGCAAAGAGUUAUUGCAAAAUGCUUCUGAAAGCGUUGAGGACACAUUGUCAAAGGUAGGUGAAAUUGAUUUACUUUCACUAUCAAACCGUACAGACGAUUUUCGAACAUGGCUGAGUUCAAUUAUUGGAUACCAAGAAAUGUGCUUAGAUGGUUUUGAGAAUGGCAACUCCUUGAGGGAUCAAGUGCAAAAAAGCACGGACUACGGAAGCGAACUUACAGACAACGUCUUGAAUAUCCUUGCCGGGCUUUCACAAGUUCUGAAUUCCUUGGGACUCAAGCUCAAUGUUCCCAGCACCUCUCGUCAACUUCUUCAAGCUAAUGGUUUUCCCACUUGGAUGUCUGCUUCUGACCGUAAGCUUUUGGCCUCACGCGGAAAUGGUGGGGUUAGACCUAAUGCAGUUGUGGCUCAGGAUGGUAGUGGGCAAUUCAAGACCAUCAACGCAGCACUUGCCGCAUAUCCUAAGAACCUCAAGGGCCGAUAUGUUAUCUAUGUUAAGGCAGGAACCUAUCGUGAGUAUGUGGCUGUAGCCAAGGACCAACCCAACGUGUUCAUCUAUGGUGAUGGAUCCAGGAAGACCAUUGUCACUGGAAACAAGAAUUUUGCAAAAGAUGGCCUUGGCACCUGGAAAACUGCUACAUUUAUUGUUGAGGCAAAUGGAUUCAUCGCCAAGUCCAUCGGAUUUACCAACACCGCCGGUCCUGAUGGCCACCAGGCUGUUGCCAUCCGAACUAAUUCUGAUAUGUCAGCAUUCUACAACUGCAGGUUUGAUGGCUAUCAAGACACGGUGUUGUACCAAGCUGGGCGCCAGUUCUACCGCAAUUGUGUCCUUUCAGGCACCGUAGAUUUCCUAUUUGGUUAUGGAUCAGCGGUGAUUCAAAACUCCUUGAUCAUUGUCCGAAGGCCAAAUCCAAACCAAUUCAACACGGUGACUGCAGAUGGCAGGAAAGAGAGGGGUCAACCCGGAGGACUUGUCAUUCAUAACUGCAGGAUCGUCCCUGAGCAGAAGCUUGUCCCCGAUAGGCUCAAGAUCAAGACAUACUUGGGCAGGCCAUGGAAGGCAUACUCGAGGACUGUUGUGAUGGAGUCAAAGUUAGCAGACUUCAUUCAGCCAGAUGGAUGGGCGCCAUGGAGUGGAAACCAAUUUCUUGACACUCUCUACUAUGCCGAGUAUGCCAACGCUGGCCCUGGUGCGGCAACUAACAGGAGGGUCAGGUGGAAAACUCUCCAUUUCCUCAAGAGGAGUGAAGCUCUUCAAUUCACUGUUGGUGCAUUCCUUCAGGGCGGCCAAUGGAUUAGAAGCAACGGAAUUCCAGUCUUGAUGGGCCUGAGAAAAUGA